UCUCCCGAGCCUUGCUUUCCCAGGCUCUCAGAGUACCAUGUCCGCGGAGCCUGCCAGCAAUGGGGUGUUCGUCGUCAUCCCCUCGGGGAACGCCAGCAGCCUCCGACCCCCUCCAGCCAUUCUGCACACCUCCAUGUGCCAGCCUCCGGGGAUUAUGCAGUUCGAGGAGCCUCCGCUGGGGGCGCAGACACCCAGGACCACCCAGCCACCCGACCUGCGGCCCGUGGAGGCAUUCCUGACGGGGGAGCCCAAGGCUUUAGGGACGGUGCAGAUCCUCAUCGGCCUCAUCCACCUGGGCUUCGGCAGCGUGCUGCUCCUCGUGCGCCGCGGCCACCUGGGGAUGCUCUUCAUCGAGGGCGGCGUCCCCUUCUGGGGCGGAGCCUGCUUCAUCAUCUCCGGGUCCCUCUCUGUGGCAGCCGAGAGGAACCACAGCAGCUGCCUGGUGAGUCUGAACAGGUCAGGUGCAGCCUGGGGACCAAUAUUCUCAGCGCCAUGGCAGCCUUUGUGGGGACAGCCAUUCUGCUCAUGGAUUUUGGUGUCACUAACUGGGAUGUGGGCAGGGGCUAUCUGGCCGUGCUCACCAUCUUCACCAUCCUGGAGUUCUUCAUCGCAGUCAUUGCCACCCACUUUGGGUGCCAAGCCACCCGCGCCCAAGCCGACACACCUGUGAUUUUCCUGCCAAACGCCUUCAGCGCAGACUUCAACAUCCCCAGCCCGGCAGCCUCUCCGCCCCCUGCCUAUGACAAUAUAGCAUAUAUGCCCAAGGAGUCAUCUGAGUAGAAGAGCAUCACUCCCGCUGGGUGGGAGCUCCCAGCCCCACCCCGGUAAAUCGGGGGGGGGGGGGCAGCCUUUCCAGCUGUCCUGUCUCCCCCCACCACAUUCACACAUGUUGUGGCAACAGGUGACAUCUGUCCCACACAUUUCCCCCCGUGGUUUCUUUCCUAAAGGACUGUACAGUGAUGUUGAAGUUGUGUUUUCUUCUCUUCCCUGAACCCUGCACCCUCCCAGGGGAACCCCUUUUGUGCUGCUUUGCAUUUCUCUGGUCUGCUCAUCUGGGGC